UUUACACGCUCACAUUUAAUCCUGGGUCCUUUUUUUAUCUUGAGAAAUAAUUCUGCUACACAAUCUCUGUUAAAUUGUCUCACGAGAAUAUGAGCAUGCGGUAAUACUCAAUAAUUACAUGUGACGUUGUUUAGUAAAUGUCAAGAACAACAGUUUUUGUAGUAAAUGUAAUUCAGGCAGUUUUUAGACACCCCCAGCUCACAGGACCUCUUCAGUCCACUAUGGCGGCGCCCGGUGGAGUUCUGAACUGUGAAGACUUUUCAAUGUUUCAGGAAGUAUUAAAAGUGAUGCGCAACAUAGAUGACAGAAUUGUCCAUGCCCUCAAUACCACUGUGCCCACUGCAUCCUUUUCAGGCAAAGUGGAUGCCACACAGACCUGCAAAGAACUUUAUGAAUCUCUCAUGGAAGCUCAUCUUUCUAGAGAUAAGGCUAUAAAGUCAUGUAUUACAGAGACCUCUGCUGUCGUUGGGCAGUUACGUGAAAAGAGGGCAAAAGAUAGCGACAACUUGUCAGUUAUCAAGCAACUCAGGAAAGAGCAAACUAAGUUAAAACUCAUGCAGUCUGAGCUAAGUGUUGAAGAAGUGGUCAAUGACCGGAGUCUGAAGAUUUUCAGUGAAAGGUGCCGAGUUCACUACAUCCCUCCUAAGCUCAAGUGAUUAAUACUUCCAUUGUCAACAUAAAACCACAAAGUUGUUCUGAGGAAAACACCUGGAGCUGAGCCUAGACAUUACCACUCACACCACAAACCCUCCUCCAUCAGUAUGCUCUGUGGCUUUGUGUUUCUACAGUGAAGAAACACUACUGUUGUCCAAGUCCUAUAAACCUUUUUGUAUAAAUAGUGUACAAAAGUAUUUUAUAAACCAUGAAAUGUUUUCCAA